AUGGUCGCGCUGGAGCCAUCCGCAGCCACGGCGGGUCUACCGUCGCUCUCGGCGCCGGCGACCAUGCUGCCCGCCCCUUUACAGCCGCGCAUCCCACGCGGGCCGGCGCGCAUCAUCGUGCUCUGCGACGGCACCGCGCAGGCGCGCAACUGGGUCAAGACCAAACUCGCCACCCCACCAAACGACCCGGACGCCGUGGACGACUGGGACCGCGGCGACAAGAGCGACAAGCCCCGCAAAUCGGAUGCCGACAAGGACGACUCGGACCCUCAGUCGGGCGACUUUUUCACCAACGUCGCCCUCCUCGCCAAGAUCAUCGCCCAAUCCAGCGGCAACUCCCCGUCCUCACCACCCACCAGCCCCAAUCCCGCCAGCAAUGGAGCCGAGACCAAAAGUCCGCACGCAACCAAUGCGAUGCCGCAAAUCGUGUUUUACCAGUCCGGCGUCGGCACAGGCACGGGUGCACUGCAGAAGCUCUUCGAUCAAGGCACCGGACUCAGCCUCGGCUCCAAGAUCGAGGAAGCCUACGGAUUCAUUGUGGACAACUACCAGCCUGGAGACGAGUUGUUUCUGUUCGGCUUUUCGCGUGGAGCGUAUACGGCGCGCUGCAUCAACGGCUUUAUCAACUGGUGCGGCAUCCUGUCCAAGGUGGAAAUGACGCACUUUGCCGAUAUCUGGGCCGCCUACCAGCAUCGCGAUGCCGACAAGAUCCGCACCGAGACCCAGGCUGCCGAGGUGCUCUAUACCGCCACACUGCGCUAUCCCUCGGCGGAAUCGGAAGCGCUCGCUACGAGCAUGUAUGUCUGGAACCUGUACAAUCUCCCCGAGAACAAGAACAUGCCCGAGGCUAGGCGACAGGAACUCAUCGCCAAACGCAAGGACGAGUGCACCAAGCGCAGGCAGAAGACGCUGGUGGUGCCACCGCAGAUCAAGGCGAUCGGCGUGUGGGAUACCGUCUCGGCGCUCGGACUGCCGGGUAUGUUCCAGGACAAGGAGAUGAUUGACUUUUUCGACUUUUACGACCCCGGGCUGGGCAGCAAUGUGCAGUUUGGAUUCCAUGCGCUCAGUCUCGAAGAGGACCGCAAGGAUUUCCUCCCCACCAUGUGGUAUCAACCCCCUCCCGCCGCCGCAAUCCCCACUUCGGGGCAGGGCGAAUUUGGCGUGCGCGGGCAGUUUAUGCGGUCCAAACAGGUGCUCAAGCAGUGCUGGUUCCAGGGCGUCCACACCGACUGCGGUGGCGGGUACCAGUUCCACGGUCUCUCGGACAUUACCCUCAUCUGGAUGGUCUCGCAGCUCGUCGACAAGCAUAUCCUCCCCGACGGCACGCAAACGCUCGGUCCGCUGCUUAACAUUGAUCUAGGGUUGUUGGCAACGAUUCUCGACCGGCGGAGAGAGUGGGCCAUGCAGCUGCCACACCAUUCGCGACCGACGGUCAACUACCAGCAGGCACGGACGGUGAAUCAGCUCGAGUACCAUUCGUCUACGAUGCGGCGCAGCGUAUGGGCGAGUAUGGGCGAGAGCGGGCGGACGAACGAGACGAUCCAUCCCUCCGUUGUGCGAGGGGGGCGCAUUGAUCCCGAUACGCAUCCGGCGUUUGCAGAGGUCAGGAGGUGCAAGCCCGAGAAGCUGCGGGAGAUGUGGGAUGAGGCGAGCGAUUGGGAGGGGUCGUUGCGGCCGACGGAAAAGUUGCUCUACUGGCCCACGCGCGCGCCGUACCCCUGGAUCCCGGGCGCGGAUUGUGCCAUGAAUCCGCUCAUCUCGCCACUGGUCGUUACAGGAGGCUGGAAUAUCCCCGAACUCGCCACGCACCGCGCACGACAGCUUAUGAUCCAGGCCGCCUCCCAGCGUGCUACCGCCAUGGCUGAUGUCGAUGACGACGAACACCUGCCUUCGCGCGAUGCAGGAGUUGAUGUAGACGACCAACCCACCGAUGGCUGGGACGAAUCCACCGCAGUUCAACCCACCAACGCAGUCGCGAGCAAUGCAGUCCAGCAGAUUGCGGGGCUUGCUGCACUCCCGCACGUCGACUAUCCCGAGAUCCCCGCCAAGGAGCUCGGCGAGAACCCGGUGGACGCCACCCGCCAUCCGAGGCUGCACACGCUGUGGCAAAAGACGUACAAUGCUUCGGCGUGGCCCAAUGCGCUGUUUGUCGAUGUGUUGAAUCUGGCCGCUGUGCCCACGGCGAAUCUGCGCCAGACGGCGGUGCAGGGCUGGCUGUGGGAGCUGGGCGAUAAAGUGGCGGGCUAUGCAGACGAUGUAAAGACGCAGGCGAUCCAGGCUGCCAUGCCCGAUGCAUCAAGGUCCGGCAAACGUAGACUCAAGAAGAAACAGCACUCUUGA